AUGUCCUCUUCCACAUAUUGUGCAUUCGUUAUUCCGAAGAAGCACAGAAGCUGCCGAAUGCUUGUGAAAGCAGGUCAAAAGUGUAAUUCUCGACUAUUGGAAAAGAGCUGGAUUGUCAAGAACAUCAAUUCCAUAAAAGGAGAGACAAGGUGCAUUGAAAAAAUCGAUAGGAAGGCAACACAAGAGGAGAUUUCGUGCGUCAUUUACAAACUACAGGCUUGCUACAGCAGUGUUCGUGAUGAAAUAGAAAGAAAGCAGUUCCAAACUCCGGAAAUUGAGGACUACUUGGAGCAGUUUCCCAACGUUUCCGACAGUAAACGAAAGCACCUGGCGCAGUUGUCAUAUUGGAUGGCUAAAACAGCUCCUUUGGCGAGUUUCUUGCUCAUUGAUAGAAGCGGAUCAAGAAACAAAUAUGACAACAAGGCUCUUCAGGAAAAUCCAUCACUAAACAUAAAGCGUCUACGAUGCUCUAUUGAACAUUUGCAUCUUUCUGAGGUUGAGAUGCUGAAGUUUGGAGGGCUUGCACUUGAUGGCUUUGUAUUGGUUCCGUGUUGUCAUCACAAAUCACGAUAUACCGAGUAUUGUGGUCACGAUUUCCUUGAGAAAUGGAAUAUGAACAGUGAGAGCGACUUUGCCGCUUUGCGUCACAUUUCAACGUGGGCUGUUUCUGGUAUUACAAAGUUCAGGUCCCCGAAAUGGAAGGAAGAACUGGGUCGUUGUGCAAAAGUGGUGCUUGAAGCUGGACGUUCGUAUCAUCUAGCUUUGCUUGGAUUUUCGACACGAGUUAUUGAGUAUGUAUCUUCUAGCAUUACACCAGAAAAUUUGCUUAUACUAGGAAUAAGGAAGUAG